CACACUACCAUUCCAUAGUGGAAGAUCCGAAGAUAUAUUGCAUUAGUCGUACAUAAUUGCAUAUUGCAUGAACCUAAAAACCCCAUUACAAAUCACGAAUCAAAACAGCCUACGUGCCAAACUCUCAUCCAUUUCUAUUAAGAUCACACCCAUUCUAGGUGGCCGACAACUCGACAACCCUUGAUUUCUGGACAUCAUAUGCCCCUCCUCUUCAUCCACCCGUCCACGUGUCCUCCCCGCUCUUCAAUUCACGGCUUGUACGGUCCCAGUCCCACUCUUCUUCAUUCUAACUCAUACUCUCAUACUACUAUACUAUCAUCAUCUAUUACUCAUCAUUACUUUCUUAACUGUUUUCUUUUCUCUCUCCUCUUCACCCUACCCAACUCCACUCCAUUAAAACUACCCUCCAAACAAACAAACAAACCCAUAACAUAACAUAACAUAAUCAAUUAUAUAGUGUUUUUUUAUUUUCUCUCUCCGUUUCAUAUUGUUCUUCUUAGAUUACGUCACAAAUGCAAGACGUACAAUCAAUCAGCAACAGCCUUGUUGGCGGAAGGCUGUUGCUAAGGCGGAUUAACCACCAAGACCAAGAUAACAUCAAUAGUAGUACUAACUACCAAAUUCUACAACAUCAUCAACAACAGCAACAUCACCAACAACAACAGCCGCAGGCGGCGGCGUUGAAGUGUCCGAGGUGUGACUCAUUAAACACGAAAUUCUGCUACUACAACAACUACAAUCUCUCUCAACCACGUCAUUUUUGUAAGAACUGCCGUCGGUACUGGACUAAAGGCGGUGUUCUUCGUAAUGUCCCCGUCGGUGGAGGCUGUCGUAAGUCUAAAAGAUCAUCAAAGCCUAAGUCGUCGUCAAUGAUUUCCAUCUCAUCUAAAAAAACUGCUCAGAAUAAUAAUAAUAACAUUAAUUCUAAUUCUAGCAGUGAAAGCUCCUCUACGCCGCCCACCGUCAACGGCGGCGCGUUGUUUCUAAUUCCGGAGGUUGAGAAUUUCGGGAUGUCGUCGGAACUUGAGCCGAAUCUGUUCUCCGGUGAUAUUGGUGGAUUCAUGAAUUUAAUUAACAAUAAUGAAAAUCAUAAUAACAACAACCAUGAUGAUAAAAAUAACAGUGUGAUGGUUGAAGAAGGGGAUGGAACGGCGUCGUUUAGUGAAUACCUGCAGAAUCAUCAGGGAGUUCAAGAGUGGAAUAUGGAGAAGAUUUGUGGGGUCCAUCUAGAAGAGGAUAAGAUUGGGGGAUCCAUUGAUCUGGUGGUGGAUCCGACGGUCAGGAUUGAAGAUUUGUUGCAGAACAGAGGAAGUAAUGUGGGGUUUACUACACUAGAUUGGCAUCCAACGGCUGGUAAUAAUAACAAUGAUGAUAAAUUUGAUAAUAAUCAAAGUUUAUAUGAAGUUCCUGAAAGCUCAACCGUUGAUCAUCAAGAUUAUUGGAGUCAAUCAACUACAGCCGUUUAUCAUCAUCAAUGGUCUGAUUCUACUACUAGUCAUCUUCCUCUUUUUCUUCCUUGAUUAUUAUUAUUUCUCUUUUAAACACCCAAUAAUUCAUAUUUUAAUUAUAAGUUUUUUUUUUCUUCUUUCUU